AUAAUAAAGAUUUUAACCCACAGGUGGGAUCACUUCCCUUCACAGCAGCAAGCUGAGAACAACGUGUCAAGAACAAACAUUACUCAUAAAGCAUAAGCCUUGAACCUGAAAGAUAACAAAGGUCCCUCUGGAGCACUAUGCCAAAUUGUAUUAAAAAAACCCUUUUUUGUGUGUUUUUCUUUUACAUAUUCAGGUUCCUUCGCUGCCAAGAAAGCGAUAGACUAUCAACAUCCCACACAAUAAAGUAAAUGUUAAUAAUAAACAUGAGAACAGAAAAUAACACAUUUAAAGUCAUGUGCUAUAUUUUGGUCAUGAUCAGUUUAUCUGUCAUAACAAAUUCGAUCACAGCAUCCUCCAACGUGUCACGUCCACCAACCAACUCACCAAAUUCAUCUAUCAGUUCAUUACGUUCGUCUAAAAUACUAACAUCCCCGACCUCUAACAUACCAACAUCCCCGACCUCUAACAUACCAACAUCACCGACCUCUAACAUACCAACAUCACCGACCUCUAACAUACCAACAUCACCGACCUCUAACCUACCAACAUCACUGACCUCUAACAUACCAACAUCACCAACCUCUAACCUACCAAUAUCACCGACCUCUAACAUACCAACAUCACCGACCUCUAACCUACCAACAUCACUGACCUCUAACAUACCAACAUCACCAACCUCUAACCUACCAAUAUCACCGACCUCUAACAUACCAACAUCACCGACCUCUAACCUACCAACAUCACCGACCUCUAACAUACCAACAUCUCCGAUUUCUAACCUACCAACAUCCCCGACCUCUAACAUACCAACAUCACCGACCUCUAACAUACCAACAUCCCCGACCUCUAACCUACCAACAUCCCCAACCUCUAACACACCAACAUCAUCGACCUCUAACAUACCAACAUCACCGACCUCUAACAUACCAACAUCCCCGACCUCUAACAUACCAACAUCCCCUACCUCCAACAUACCAACAUCCCCGACCUCUAACAUACCAACACCCCCGACCUCUAACAUACCAACAUCCCCGACCUCUAACAUACCAACAUCACCGACACUUAACAUGACAUCACACAUGUCAAAAUCACCGACACCUAACACAACAGCAUCACCGACACUUGAUACGUCAACGCCUAACGCUCCAGCAUCUCGCAGCCACCGACCUUUGACGCACAGCACUGUUUUACCCACGGUUCCCCCAAGUUAUGCUGUACGAAAAGGAAUGGCAGUAUUAUUGUCGACUACGACGUUCAAUACGAGGCGGAGAAGCUGAUUCAUGAUCAAGGGGAGCCUGACGAGGACUCCCUCAACAGGACAUUGCAGUCAGCAAACGUCAAAUUGUCGAAAUUGGACAGCGUGAACUCGAUUUACUUAAGCGACCAAUAUGAGGCUUUCGUUAAAGCAGCAACGGAGAAGGUGAAGAAAGUGAAGGGAGAUCUUUGUGCGGCUGAGGAUGUGUGCCCUGAGGCAUUCAUAUGUGUCAACGGAACGAGUGAUUACCCAUCCUGCCAGCACAAGUGUAAUGGUCAUCACUGCUACAACGGCGGUUAUUGCGUGCUGGACACGGCUCAGACACCCCUGUGCAGAUGUCCCCGCCAAGGAACAAAGUUCUACUCUGGAGACAAGUGCCAGCAGUCUGCGGAACAGCUGUGGCUCUCUCGUGACACCAUCAUUGCCAUCUGUGCGAGCGUGGGCUCGUGCCUUCUACUCCUGCUCCUGGUCGUGUCAGUCUGCCUGCUCCGCGCGCGUGCCUCCAAGCGGAGGCGUACAAAAAAGGACGACAACGCCUCAGAGCCAUCAUGUACCAGCCGACGCGACUAUCCCACCAACCCCGGUCCGAGGACUCGCUAACCCCUGAUGACAGGGUCUACGAUUAUUCUCGGGAGAAUGUGUUCGCUCUUCAGAGGCCGAAGUUGUCUGAAAAGAAAAGACAAAUCUGAAGUCCACGUCGUCCCAUGAAGAAUGAAGAAUACCCUAAGAGUAAGAGGCGCUGUCCCCAGGGCGAUGGUGGAACGAACGGAGGAAUAACACAAGAAAAUGAAGAAGGAGCAGACGCAUUAUAGGUGUUUGUUUUUGUUUGUCUGUUUGUUUGUUUGUUUGGUUGGU